AGCAGAAGCACAGUCGUGUUUUAAGCUUCGCUGCGGUUACAUCUUUGCACUUAAACUAGAACCAAGAAAAUUCUUUGGAACAAAGUUGUUUCCAUAAUUGUUAAAAAAAGUGUUAGCUCUACAUUUACCGCGAGUACCACCUUAUAUACUAAACCUUAAUCAAGAUGAGUUCAGAAAACAAAAAAAGUGAAGUUGAAGUCGAGAGCGUUGCCACAACUGAAGAAAAAGCAGAGACCAAGGAAAUCAAAGGAGUCAAGCGACCCGCCGAUGAAAAAUCCGCAGAAUCCAAAAAAGUGAAGAAGGACGAAAAUGGCGCGGGCGAAGAAGAGGAAGACGUUGAGGAUGAGGGUGAGGAAGUAGAAGGCGAAGAUGAAGAAUACGACCUUCCUUAUGGCGAAGAAGAAGACAUAGAAGCUGAAGAUGAGGAAGAAGAGGAAGGUGACGAGGUUGACGGAGAAGAGGAGGAUGAGGAUGCGUAAUGAUGAGAUACUGAGUAAGAGUGAGACUAAGUAAAAUAGACAUAGGUGAUUUAUUAUUUCGAUUUGCAUUAAAUCUGCAAGUAAUAAGUAUAUACAACCAUAAACAUUGUAAAAUUUGUUUGUGUAUAUAUUUUAAAAAGCAACAAAGGAAAUCCUAACAUAGACAGCAUUCACAGCUAGGAAUAAGUUUUCCGAUUUAAAUUAAACCGUUUAUUUAUGGCUCUAGUUUGUCCUUUGUUAGCAAGGAAGCUUUAAUUUGGAAGCAGCUAAUUAAUAGACGACUUGCAUCAGUGGUGCAUUGGUUUGAUGUGUAAAACAUGGUGCAAGUUUAAGUUGUCAUUUUUAUUUCUCUAGCCCGCAGUCUAAAAGUAAUUGUCAAACAACUUCUGAUCAGAUCCCAAUACAACAGUACCUUGUUGAUUUUAAAGCAAUCACAAACAUUAAAAUAGUUUAAAAUGAAUCAGUGAAAUAAUUACUCAAAAUAGCAAAUCUAAUCCUCGGAAUGCGACAUUGAAACAUUGCGUUUAAUUUAUUGUAUUGAUGAAUGAAAAACCAGGAAAAAAUAAAGUAAGAUUGCCGCUGUAA